AUGUUCAGCGAAGAAUCCGCCGCGAAAGCACAACCGAGCCCCAAAGACACAACUCCGGGCAUCACACUUCCUUACAUGGUCAUGGGAAAAAGUGCAUCAGAGUCCGAGGAUCCAAAAUCUAAUGCACAUCCUCCUCAAUUUCAAUUCCCAGAUCUUGGCGAUUCCAAAAAAUCGGAUAUUUUUAUGGAAGCUACACUUAAAGUUCUCUGCCGCAUGGUCUUUCCGUAUAACGAAGAUAAAAUACGUACUAUUUCCCCAAUUCUCGAUGAAUAUCUAAGCAUCUGGCCUGAAAUCUGCGUCGACAAAAGCAACAUUUAUCGUUCUAAAAUCGAAAAACUUUGUACGUUAGAUUUGAACUUGAUGACAGCUCUUGUUGCGACGCAGGAAAAAAGAGACGAACUUUGGCUGGAAUCUAAUGGUUAUGAGGAUCACAGAGAUGACGAGGAAACUCCCGAAUUCCGAGAGGUGUAUUGCCCUAAUUGUGAUGAGAGUAGCGAGGAAGAUGAGAAUGAAGACCUCUGUCACUGUCCGAUUCAUCCCAACACCGGCACCGAAUACCUCGCUUGUGGGAUAACAACGAAUCCAUGGAAGAAUGGUCCUUUAGAUGGAGACAAGGAGCCUGUCAAAACUACGGCGACCUGUAGUGCCCGUGAGAUGGCGGCGCCUAAGAUUCAUGCGGAUGAGGAUGACUGUGGUUGCCUCUGCGUGACGUGCUGUGCUUCUCGCGGCCUUGACAGUGAUGAUGAUAGUUAUGUCUUUCCUUAG